AUGGCACUCUCGCGCCUUCGCCACCCUCUCUUCUCUCGCUCCCUCCACAUCCUCUCUUAUUCCACCAGAUCCCUCUAUCGAGCCUCUAAUUCAACGAUUUCUGCCGUGGGAACUGAUACAGAUAUAAGGCUCAAGUCUUGCUCAGGGAUUUUUGGAAUUCCUUAUAGAUAUUUGAAGUCAAAGUGGACUGAAGUCAAAUACUUUUCAUCUUCAGAUUCUUCACAUGAGGUCCUUGGGAUGCCUGCUUUAUCUCCUACAAUGACUCAAGGCAAUAUUGCAAAGUGGAGGAAGAAAGAAGGAGAAAAGAUAGAAGUGGGGGAUGUCCUAUGUGAAAUUGAAACUGACAAAGCUACACUAGAAUUUGAAAGUCUUGAAGAGGGAUUUCUGGCAAAGAUAUUGGUACCAGAAGGUUCAAAGGAUGUGCCCGUUGGACAACCCAUUGCAAUAACAAAUAUUAAUGGCUUAGAUGACAUUGAAAUUGACUUGCAAAUUGGAAGUAUUUCUAACUAUGGCCUUGAUAAGGUUGAGGAUGAAAAGGACAUCCAAAAUGUUCCUGCUUCGGUGGGGGGUGAGACAGGGGUUGAAGAGAAGAAACCAGCACAACAGGAUGUUACAGAUGAGGGGAAACAAGAAUCAAUUUCUACUACAAUUAAUGCAUCAGAACUUCCUCCUCGUAUCCUUCUUGAAAUGCCAGCUUUGUCUCCGACAAUGAACCAAGGAAACAUUGCUAAAUGGAGGAAACAAGAAGGAGACAAGAUUGAAGUGGGUGAUAUUUUAUGUGAGAUAGAGACAGACAAAGCUACGCUUGAAUUUGAAACUCUUGAAGAGGGGUACCUGGCUAAGAUACUUGCUCCAGAAGGUUCGAAAGAUGUGGCAGUUGGGCACCCUAUUGCAAUAACAGUUGAAGAUGCAAGUGAUAUUGAAGCUAUAAAGAAUUCUGUUAGCAGUGGCUCAACAAACCAACAGAAGACCCCCCAACGUGAUGCUAAAAGUGAGGUUAAAGCUAAAAGAAACAAGAUAACUCGAAUCAGUCCAGCUGCAAAGUUGCUAAUUACAGAGUAUGGAUUGGAUGCAUCAACAUUGAAUGCAACUGGUCCUUAUGGCACCCUACUGAAAGGGGAUGUUCUUUAUGAAAUUAAGUCGGGAAAAUUGUCUCCAAAACCUGCUUCAUAUAAAGAAAAGGCAGUACCAUCUCAAAGUUAUCAACAAGUUGCAGCUUCCCAAGAAUCAAAGUCUGACUUGAAGCAGUUAGAUGCUUAUGAAGAUUUUCCUAAUAGUCAAAUUCGCAAGGUGAUCGCCAAGAGACUGUUGGAAUCAAAACAAAAUACACCACACUUAUAUUUAUCAUCAGAUGUUAUACUGGAUCCUCUUCUUUCCCUUCGAAAGGAUCUUAAAGAGCAGUUUGAUGUUAAAGUUUCUGUGAAUGACAUCAUUAUCAAAGUUGUAGCUGCUGCUCUCAGAAAUGUACCAGAAGCAAAUGCAUACUGGAAUGUCGAGAAGGGUGAGGUCAUUUUAAAUGAUUCUAUUGACAUAUCCAUAGCAGUUGCCACGGAUAAGGGCUUGAUGACUCCAAUAAUAAAAAAUGCUGAUCAGAAAACAAUCUCUGCUAUCUCUUCAGAGGUCAAGGAACUAGCUGCAAAGGCACGUGAUGGCAAGUUGAAGCCACAUGAAUUCCAAGGGGGGACUUUUAGCAUUUCAAAUUUAGGAAUGUUUCCUGUGGAUAAAUUUUGUGCUAUCAUAAACCCCCCUCAGGCCUGCAUUCUUGCUGUGGGGAGAGGCAACAAAGUUGUGGAAGCAGCAAUUGGAGAUGAUGGAGUUGAGAAGCCAUCGAUUGCCAAUAAGUUGAGCUUAACGUUGUCUGCUGAUCAUCGUGUUUUUGAUGGCAAGGUUGGAGGUGCAUUUCUCUCUGCGUUGCAAUCAAACUUCAGUGAUAUAAGACGGCUUCUUUUAUAA